CUCCCCUCUCCCCUCUCCCCUCUCCCCUCUCUCCUCUCUCUAAUCUCUCUGUGUCUCUCUCUCUCUGCUUUGUCUCUAUUUCAUUCCAUGGUUGACCGGAGAAACCCCAUCACAAAACGGUCCUUCAAUCUUCAACGAACAGAGGCAAAUCAGUGUCCGCGAGCUUAAGAUCUGCUCAUUCUAGCCCCGAAUUUCACCAAUUCAAGAUCUGUUUGAUUUUAGGAAGACCCACCUUGAUUUUAUUUGGUAGGUUGUUUUGUUGCCAAAAACAUGUCCGUGUUGCCAAAAAAUGAUUCGAUUCAAAUUAGAGACGUGUGGGAUGAUAAUCUCGAAGAAGAGUUUGCUCUGAUUCGCGAAAUCGUUGAUGAAUUCCCUUAUAUUGCAAUGGACACUGAGUUUCCAGGGGUUGUUCUACGCCCCGUGCGGGAUUUCAAGAAUAUUAAUGAGUAUAACUAUCAGAAUUUGAAGGACAAUGUUGAUAUGUUGAAGUUGAUUCAAGUGGGUCUCACUUUAUCUGAUGAAAACGGAAAUUUGCCAACUUGUGGAACUGAUAGGUACUGCAUUUGGCAGUUCAAUUUUCGUGAAUUUAAUUUGAGUGAGGAUAUUUUUGCUAAUGAUUCGAUUGAAUUAUUGAGGCAAUGUGGGAUUGACUUCAAGAAAAAUAAUGAGAUGGGUGUUUAUGCAAACCGGUUUGGCGAGCUCUUGAUGUCCUCGGGAAUUGUUUUGAAUGAUGGUGUGCAUUGGGUGACAUUUCAUAGUGCGUAUGAUUUUGGGUACUUGCUUAAGCUGUUGACUUGCCGGGAUUUACCUGAUACCCAAAUGGGGUUCUUCGAAUUGAUCAAUAUGUAUUUUCCAAUGCUUUAUGAUAUAAAGCAUUUGAUGAAGUUCUGCAAUAGUCUUCAUGGUGGAUUGAACAAGCUCGCAGAGCUCUUGGAAGUUGAAAGGAUCGGUAUUUGUCAUCAAGCUGGAUCAGAUAGUUUGCUCACAUCAUUUGCAUUCAAGAAGUUGAAAGACAACUUCUUCAAUGACUCCAUUGAGAAAUAUGCAGGCGUUUUGUAUGGUCUUGGUGUUGAGAAUGGAUCUGACAAUAAAUAG